AUGGAUAACACUAAAUUAGAGCAAUGUAGAAAGCUUUCGGAGGAAAUUGAUCAAUUACAAUUACUUGAAGAAUCGUAUUGGCAUGUAAGGGCUAGAACGAAUGAACUUCGUGAUGGGGAUAAGAACACUUCUUAUUUCCACCACAAGGCAAGUGCAAGAAAGGCAAAAAAUAUGAUUGUGGGGUUGGAGGAUAGUAAUGGGCAGUGGAUUCAAGACGAGAAAGGAAUUUCAGAGGUAGUCACAAACUACUUUUCCCAACUCUUUACUACUGAGGGAGUUGUUGACUUUGAUGAGGCUCUUAUGGGCAUUACUCACGGCAUCACAGAGACAAUGAACGAUGAAUUAUGCAUGGUCCCAACGGCGAAUGAGGUGGAAAUAGCUCUAUUUGAUAUGCAUCCUAAUAAGGCGCCGGGAACUGACGGUAUGCAUGAUUUAUUUUUCCAAAAAUUUUGGCAUAUUAUUAAGAAUGAUGUUAUGACAGCAUCUUGUUUACCAAGGCCAGUGUUGCGGAAUGUUCAGAAAUUGCUCGGGUAUUACAGAUUUAUGAACGUGCUUCGGGGAAAAAAAAUAAAUUUUCAUAAAUCGGAAGCAGUUUUUAGCAAAAAUGUUGCUGGUAGCCGAAGACAGGAAAUAUGUAAUCUGUUGGGAGUUAGAGAAGUGGAUAAACAUGAGAGGUAUCUUGGCAUCCCAACAGUGAUAGGGAAAUCCAAAAAGAGUAUCUUCGCAGGCUUGAAAGAUCGCAUCUGGAAGAAAAUGCAGGGGUGGAAAGAAAAGCUUAUGUCAAGAGCCGGGAAAGAAAUUCUCAUCAAAGCUGUAGCACAAGCAAUACCUACUUACUUGAUGGGAAUUUUUAAGAUCCCGGACAGACUCAUUGAUGAAAUUCAUGCUAUCUUGACUCGCUUUUGGUGGGGUAAUGGUGCGGAGAAGAAGAUGCAUUGGAAGAAAUGGGAGGAUUUAUGCCUUCCGAAAGCUAAAGGUGGUAUGGGGUUCAGGGAUCUGAAAAUAUUUAAUCAAGCACUGUUAGCGAAACAAGGCUGGAGGCUUCUUCACAGGAAGGAUACACUGCUCUAUCGAGUUUUAAAAGCCCGAUACUUCAAAAAUACAGAGUUUUUAGAAGCUCACCGCGGGUACUGCCCCAGCUUCACACGGAGGAGUAUUUGGGGGGCUAGAGCUCUUCUAAAAGAAGGAUUGGGCUGGAGAGUGGGGGAUGGCAAGAGCAUUCGGUCCUGGCAUGAUUGCUGGCUGCCGAGUAGUAGUGUGAUGAGACCUCCUGAUCCCCCUCCAAACGGUCUCCAUGAUUCAGACUUGUUAGUUUAUAAGCUGAUUGAUUCGAGUACGAGUAGUUGGAAUGAGACAUCCUUGGCAUUACACAUGACAUAG